GGAAGGGUAGAUACUUUCGUCCCACUUUUUUUCUCUUAGUAUAGCGCUACCUAGUGACGCGUUGAGACAGCCACGCAAGGUUCACUCUACUCUCAUAGUGAGCUACCCUGACCUUCUAGUGCUCUAGUUUACAACACUUGAGAGAAGAACACGCGCAAGUUACAGAAUAAUUUUUUGGCAAAGUGACUCUGUGUACAGAAGAAAACUGUUUCACUCUAAAAACACACACACAAAAAGAGCUUAUUUGUGGUCUUCUCAGCCAGUCUUUGCCACGGAGAACACGCUUUAAUUGCGACGACGUUUCGCAAUACUUCUUUUUGAUCCAGCUUGUAUGAAAAUAUGCGCAUCAGAAGUGGGUAGAUGAAAGAAUGGGCUUCGUGUCAGAAGUGAUGUGUGGAAACACGCCACCCGCAUGUUGCUAAUUCCAAUCACUCCCACCUGUCUCCACACACUUCAGGGGCUCAGUGUUAUAUAGCAACUGCCUGGGCAUCUGUGAGCGUUUCGUCUGAGCAGUGAGGCUUUGUGAGUACAGCAGCUGCCUUCAGCGACCUCUGCACCAGAACUGACAUCGAGGCACCAGCCAAUUGUGUAACACUGCCUCAUGUCAGCCUGUUCCAUUAGCGUCAGCAUUGUGGCCAGGUGUUUGGCAGUACAUGAUCGAGUUCUCUGUGCUUGUGUGACAUGCAGCUUAAGAUGCACCUGCCUGAGGGAGUCUGGGGUGAGGUUGGUGCCUUCCUGGAGGAGGGCUGCCGCAGGCCAACCUCCCUACACUCCAGGUUCCUAGGAAAGCAUUCCCAAGCUGUCACCAGCUAUGUUCCCCACAGAGGCCAGGAGAGUGGUGAUAUAGGGGUUGCCAGUGGUGGCGGAGGCAGUUUGGUGAGUGGCGGCACUGGCGGCGGCACUGCCAAGAUGUCGGUAGUGCCACGGAAUCCCCCUGCCGCCGUGCCAACGAGUGGAGACACUCCCUCCAGGAAGCCCGUACGUUU